CCGACUAGAGUUUAGAAACUUGUGCUCUAGUUGGGGUUUUACUGUGGUGUAGUUUCGUGCGAUUCAAGUUUUUGGCGCCGUUGCCGGGGACAACGGUCUGUUAUCUUGAAAAAGUUGUUGGUUGUUAAUCUAGCUUUUAAUUUUCAGUUUUGCAAGUGUGUGUUCUUUGCUUGUGCUAGACUUGGUGUUUUCCGAUUUUGUGUAGGUGGUGCAUGACCCGGAGCAACCCGGUACCUUUGCUACCACUUGAUGAGGACAUAAACCAGAAUCUCCGACUCCUAGCACAGGAGAGAGAGCUAGCGGAGGCAAGGAUAAGGAGUGAAAGAAGGGGACAACAAUUGGGUCCCGGUGUUAGUGGAGAAGAAGUUGAAGAAGUAGAAGUUGAACCCGUCGUUGUAGUGGAGAUGGCGGGGAACCAAAGGCAAGAUGCCUCUCAAGCCCGCCAGUUAAAUGAUGCGGCGGGGAAAGAGGAAGCCCCGAGGACGAUGGGGGUACUAUAUGGCCCAAAGGCCGGCGGACAUUCAAUCGCCGAUCCUACAUCCUCCGGUGGCGGCAAAUAACUUCGAGAUCAAGCCAGCUCUAGUGAAUAUGAUACAAAGCAAUGCUCUAUUCCACGGCCUUGAGAGCGAGUCACCAAGAGAGCACGUGCAGAGAUUCUUGGAGCUCGCGGGGAGCUUUAAAACCAACAGUGUGUCGGCCAAAGCGUAGCAACUAAGACUUUUCGCAUUCUCACUCUUGGGGAAAGCACUUAGGUGGCUAAACAACCGCCCAACUCGAUCAAUCAGCUCAUGGGACAACCUCCUUAACAAAUUUAUGGCUCGUUA